UACGUCUCAAAUGAAAAAAACGUGACCGCAUGGAGCUGAGAAAAGCCGGCUUGGAGCGCCUUUAACGCUUUUUUAUGAGAUUAGUAGCCCUCGAAAAUGCAUUCAGUUUUAUUGAACGCUGUUUUGUCGUGUAGUCCGGACUAUGACGCGCUCUUUGACGCGCUGAUCUGGCCGCCUGACACUUGUCCGGAGCCGCAAAGGGUUGAGGCGCUCACAGCCCUCAUCGAGGGGAUCGAACCGCUUCUGACGGACUCUUCCGCACCGGACGUGUCUCCGAUCGCAGCUGAGACAAAGCAGCGCAUUAUAGAGCGGAUCGAAUCAGUCAUCUGGACCCGGUGUGUGCCGCUGCUGUCAGCGGAGGCGGGUCAGCUACAGAGGCGGUGCACCGCUGCCGUGUGCGCGCUGUUGAGCGCGUGUGUCCCGCUGUGCGCUGAGGAUGCAGCGGGCCGGCUGGUUCUGGCUGUCCUCUCUUCACUGCAGGUCUCACACGACGAUCUGCCCGCUAGUUCCGGACCAGUCAGUGCAGAGGUGGCUAGUGACGUCAUAGCCGCGCUGUUACCUUCGCAGUCGUCCAACGAGCAGCUGGUUUUACGCGCGCUGUCUGCUGCUCUGUCAUGCAUCAAAACACUCCCCGACGCUUUGGUGUCCAGGGUUACAGCAAGGCUGCUUUUGACUUUCCUGAACUGCUGCAGCGGCUCGAGUUUAGGCGUCAUCCAGAAACUGAUUCUGGAUGAUCUGUGCCACUGGCACGCCUGUCAUCGGUCACCUGUGGUCACGGAGCGCGCGCUGCUGUGUCUGACCGUCCUGUCGGACCACCUGUUCACACCUCGGGGGAACCUGCCCGACCCACGGCAGCACCUCCAGUUCUGGAGGAUGGUUCAAGAUGGACUGAUGCACAGAGACAGCGUGUCACGCAAGAGGGCGCUGUUCCUGCUCAAAAGGUGUGUGGCCCUGUCAGAAGAGGAGGGGAUUAAUUUUCCCCUGCAUCCAUCUGAAGAAGAUGAAAUCUUGUUUAAAUGGGCCAUCGAUAAGAUCCAGUUGCUUAGAGAUUUCUGGCAGGAUUAUGUGCUUGUGAUGGAGACCUUGGAGGAAAGUCAGGUUCAUGUUGUCCGACCAGUUCUGAACAGAAUAGACACUCUGAUCCAAGCAACGCAAAAUGACUGUCAAGCAUCAGGUUGGUGUCUCUUCCACCCCUCCUGGCUGCUGAGUGUGUAUCAACGCAUGUUUCACAGUGAGAAUAAAUCUCUGAUGAGAGAGGGAGUGUGUCAUCUCCUGCAGCUUCAGGUUCUCCAGCAGCCAGACUUUGCCUUGGCCUUCUCUCAGUUUAUUGUCAACCCUUUUAUGGAUGUUCUGUGUGAAACUUCGCUCUUCCACAGAGGUGUUGGGCAGAGCGUUGGAGACUGUCCUGAGCUGGGUGCAAAGCUCCACGUCUUCAUGGCGACUUUCUUUGACAGCCUACCAUCAGAGCAUCACGGUUGUGUCCUGCUCCAGCUGAUCCAGCAUUUGGGCUCGAAGCACUGGUGUGCGGUGCCUCUCCUCUUCCUGUCCCAGGCCCUGUCCAAACUGUCCCUGAGUCCACUGCUGGGAGUGGAGGGGCUCGCUGCUCUGAGGGAGGUGCUGCGCUGCAGCAUGAUUACUCACCAAGUCCUGCUCAGAGCUGCAGCCCAGUGCUUCCUGCUGAACAGCGCCCUCUCCCUGACAGACGUGAGCACAGUGACGCUGGAUGAUGUGUUUAGCUUCCUGAUGUAUUUCCGCACAGAUGAAUCGCUGUGCAGAGGAACUCUGCUUUGGAAUCAGUUGCGUACCUGGCUGUUGGAAAAUGAGAGUCAUUUCAAGCCCUUGAUUGGAGAGGGACGGCGAGGACAGCGAUUUGGAGAAGGCUGUGCUGGUACAAACACACGCAAGGAUGGUGUAAGAGCCUACGUUGAAGAAGAAAUCUACACCUAUCUCAAAGUCCCAGCUAGCACGGGUCAGACUGAGAGGUUACCUGAUGGCAGAGAGGCUGAUAAGUUGGCCAGAGCCAUUCUGCUGUGUGUAGACAUGGAGACGAGUCGACCUGGAGGAGAUGUCACGCACACUCUCGAGUCAUUGCUGUUUCCACUGCUGGACACCCUGAGCAGACUCAGCAUGAACAUCUACCUGCCUCUCAGGAAGAGCGACAAGAGCCUGCAGCUCAUGCUCCAACUGCUCGAACUUUUAAGAACCCCAGAGUGUCGGGACGUAGGAGAAGAAGCAGAAAACGUGAAGGUUGCCAUGGAGAAAAUAAUCCAUAAAAUUGUAGAUCCAGUGCAAGAUUUCGUCUUGAGACGGCUCUGCGGGGAAAUGCAGGAGCUGUUUGAUGUGGAGCGGGCCAAGCUGUAUCUGUGUGUCCUGAGGCAGCUCUCGCUCGUGCAGGAUUGUACUCCUCAGUGCCGCCAGAAACACCAGGAUGCAUAUUUCUCGAAACUCAUCAAGUGCAGCCUGAGGAUUCUGCAGGAAUCAAACCAGCAGAUCCCCUCCAUUGCAGUCCAGGUGGCAAAAGCAGUUGGCAUGGCAUCCUUAGCCACUGUGUGCAGUCUUGUAGAGCAGCGGGGGUUCGAUGUGCCAUCGGAGUCGGUUUCUGGUUUAAAAUUGCUGAAUGACUACUUCUACAGUCCUGCUUCAUCAUUUUCUUCACAAAGUCCCUCCUCUGUGGGACACUUUAAUCAAACCCUGGUGAAACCAGAUCCUGACACUUUAAGUGAUGUAGAAGCUGAGGGUCCUCUGCUGCAGGACUGGGGACGAAUAGCUGCCCAUUUUAUGCGGGAUCAGUGGAUUUGCCUGAGCUUCCUGAUAAGGGAUAUUGGUGUUUCAGAGUCAGUGGAGGAUUCUGAAACCUUGAAGACUCUGGCGGCUGCUCUGAGCUGCUGCGUGGAGGCCUUGGCUCUACUGCCCAGUGACCUGGUGCUACCUGUGUUCACCUUCAUGGAGAGGGUACUGCCACAGUUGGUACGUCACGAUGAGUCCCUUUGUGUGGCGGCUGUGAGUCUGAGCUGGGAGCUGGUGCAGGGCCUGAGCACGAAUGCCCAUGACUUCUGGCCGGUCUUGAAAGGCUUUGUCUCCGUGGCCUUCCACCGUGACCUGCUGGAGUUGACGGAGAAGGCAGCUCCGAAGCUCACAUUCACGGUGAAACAGGUUGCCAGUGAACUGAUGGAACUGUCUCAGUCAAAAAGCGGCGUGUUGAGUGUGCUGCUUCAGCACUGCUGUCAGACGUGGCUGCCCACAGAUGGAAGUGCCGAUCCCCGUGCCGAUACCACAUUUUGUAGUGUUCUUAACCACAUAAACAUACUGGCAGAGGCUUGUGUUUAUGGGCCUGUGAUGAGGAGAGAUCAGCGGCUCAUCCAGGAUGUCCAAACCUACGUGGAAAAACUUGGUGAUGAGUGCACAGCUAACGCUGUAGUUACAUGGGAUAACCGGGAUGAUCAGUCGGCCCGCACAUAUGUGCUGGCAUUCCUCAGUCAACUGGAUUCCUCAAAGGUUCUGCAUGUAAGACUGAUGGAGACACUAGUUAUAGAUUUGUUGAAAAAGGAUAACGACAUAACAAAAUCCAAAUUGCGUUACUAUAGCAACUCCCUGCAACACCGUGUGAAAAACAGAAUAUGGCAAACGCUGCUGCUGCUGCUGCCCAAAUUGAAAGAGGAGUUUGUCGGCUCUUUGCUGCCCCAAGUGUUUGAAUCGGGACUCUGCAGUAACCAGCCGUCAGUCAAGUAUCUGAUUGAGUGGAUGAUGAUUUUGAUCCUUGAGCGUCAUCCCCAGCACAUAGACAGCUUCUGGGCCUGCUUCAGCAUGGAUCAAGAAAAGACAAAGACAAGCAUCUGCACCUUUCUGUCAGUCCUGGUCCAUUUAAAUAUCAUCAUUCCUAAACUUGUGGAUAAGUCGUUGCACCUGCGUAAAGCGCUGGAUGUCAUCCUUCAGUGGUGUUUCAACCAUAACUUCAGCGUGCGCCUCUAUGCGUUGUUGGCCCUGAAGAGGGUGUGGAGCCUGGCAGAAAUCAAGACUAUGUCCGAGGAGGGGUCUGACGGUUUGGGAGGCGUGUCGACUGUGAUCGAGGCCUGUCUGAAACAGGCCGAGGUCAUGCAGAGUUCAGGAAAUGCCAACAAGAACUGGACCAGGAUUCAGGAGCAUUUCUUCUUUGGUGCUUUCCAUCCUGUCAGGGAUUAUAGCGUUGAGACUAUAUUCUACACGUUCCCCAGCCUGUCAGAGGUGGCUGACGAUGAGUGGAUUCCACCUUGGAAGUUUGAGAAACUGUCACAUUUCUCUGACGAUGCAUCGCUCCCUUUGAGAAACGCUGCUCCCGACCUGAGCCAGCUCCAGCCCAGAGACUGGAUCCAGCAAGACAAGAGCGAGCAAGACAAGGAAGAGCGCUGGGCUGAGGUGCAGAAGAAGAUUACCCCCUGGAGGCUGAAGAUCCAGGAGCAAGAGCCUGAGCUUCAGCUGGUUCCACAGCAGAGAGCAGCCCGAGUGGGCAAACUGCACGGAGCCCUGUUGGUGGUCGCCUCACUUAUCGACAAACCAACCAAUUUAGGAGGUCUCUGCCGGACCUGCGAGAUCUUUGGUGCCAGAGCUUUGGUUCUCGAUAGCUUCCGUCACGUUGGAGACAAACACUUUCAGUCCUUGAGUGUCUCGUCUGAGCUGUGGCUUCCACUGCUAGAGGUGAAGCCCGUUGAGCUCGGAGACUUUCUGCAGAUGAAAAAGGCCGAAGGCUACUGCGUCAUCGGGGUGGAGCAGACGGCCAACAGUCAGAGCCUACAGGACUACCAGUUUCCUGAGAAGACGCUUCUGCUUCUGGGUAAUGAACGUGAGGGGAUCCCUGCCAACUUCCUGCAGUUGUUGGACGUGUGCGUGGAGAUCCCGCAACAAGGAGUCAUCCGCUCACUCAACGUGCACGUGAGCGCCGCCCUGCUGAUUUGGGAAUAUACACGGCAACAUCUGGCCAAAAGCAGUUCAGAGCCUAAGUGAAGAAGAAGCUGCAGCCUUUAGGACUUGAAUUCUGACCUCCAGUUGUUGACCUCUGAGCAUUUGAGCGCUGCUUUUUUUAUGGGCAGCUGUCAGGACGUGAAGCGAUUUCGUCUGGAGGUCAGAUCGGACUGCUCGCCGUAGAGCUGGUGUUGUGCCUUAAUGAGAGCGGGAGAACGCGCUGAUUAUUCUAUCUAAAUAUUCCUCUGGGUGCAGCGUCGUGUUAAUGGAGGUCUGUGUUUGCAGAGCAGCAGUUCGGCUUGUGUAUGUGAGCAAUCAUCGUUUGACUCGAGUCACCCUGCAAACUAAAUGCGUCAGAUUUAAUUGUCUGUGUGGGGACACAAUACCCCCGUUCUCAGUGUUUUAAUGCAGUUUGUAAUUAUUGUUUUCAGUUAUUUUCAUAUGAUUAAAUAAACGUUUUUUUAUGUAGA